UCAUUCAUAUUAACGACCUACCGACCGAUCACCCUCAAAUCAACAUAUAACGACCGUGUUCUUCGUGCUAUAAUGUCACAGACCGAGCUCUCCGGUCUACGAAACCUACAAGCAGGAGGGUCCGGGGCAGCUGGCCAACCGGAAACGGGGGAAGAUGAGGCUGCUCAGCAAGCGCAGCAACGUCAACAGCAGGAGGAAAUGAAGCGGGGUAUGCUAGCGACCAUCUUGGACGCAGGAGCGAGGGAAAGACUCGCUCGCAUAUCGCUGGUGAACCCUACGUUGUCUAAACGUGUGGAAGACUCCCUUCUUCGUAUGGCACAGUCGGGCCAAAUUCGAACCAAAGUUACAGAGCAGCAGUUGAUUUCAUUGCUAGAAAACGCCGAUGGGAAUGGUCAAUCAUCUCAUGCACCCAAGAAGACCAUUGUGUAUUCGCGAAGGAAGCAUGAUGAAGAUGAUGACCUUGAUUUCGACAUAUGAGCUUCUAGUGCAGGCACAUCGCUUCCUGUUAGUAGUCGUGAUCUGUGAUUAUCAGAUAAUGUACUUUCAUAAUGAAUCAUCGAAAUUCA